UAUUCUCAAACCACAAUGAACAGAUGGUGAUUUAUGGAAAUGGUUUUAAAGCUAAAGACUAUGUUUUUCUCUUGAUCUGUGUGUUAUCUUAUUUUUCUCGUAGCGAUGUGCGUCAGAAUGGCUCCUCCUCUUGCUCUGGUGAUUCUGCUCAUGAUUCACAGAGCUCAUGGCCAGUAUAGUUGGUAUGUGAGUUACAGUCCUUCACACAUCUGUGCCCUAAAGGACUCAACAGUGGAAAUGACCUGCACUUACCCGUCUGGAUAUCAGAUCAUGAAAGUGUUCUGGACCAAAACAAAUGUAAUGAAUAACGUAGAGCCACCAGAUUUGUCUGAGGACCCUAAGUACAGUCAGAUGGUUUACUCUUGUGGACAUUACCAGUUGUGCUGCGCCAUCAGACUGAGUCAUGUGACACUGAACGAUGUCAAUGAGUACUACUGCAGCUUCAUUACACCUAUCGGAAUUUCAAAUGGUUAUCCAGGAGUGUAUCUUGCCGUCACAGAUCUUCAGGUGUCUCAGUCUCCUGAGAGAGUGACAGAGGGAGAUUCAGUCCGUCUGACAUGUAAAAGCAGCUGCACUCUGACUGACAGAGCAACAUUCAUCUGGUACAGAGACUCACAGCUAGUAACUACAGGAAUUAUUGGAAACCAGCUCAUCCUCAGGAGAGUCAGCAGAGAAGAUACAGACAGAUAUAGCUGUGGUGUAGAUGGACACAGUUACAGAUCUCCUGCUGUUCAACUCAAUGUCAGGUAUCCUCCAGUGAAUCCAGUGAUCUCCAUCAGUCCAUCUGGUGAAAUAGUGUCAGGAGAUUCAGUGACUCUGAUCUGCAGCAGUGAUUCAAACCCUCCUGCUCUGAACUUCAGCUGGUUUAAGGAGAAUGAAAGCUCAGCUGUUGGAUCUGGACAGAGUUUCAGUGCACUACAGAGUGGACGCUUCUACUGUCAGGCUCACAAUCAACAUGGAUCUCAGAGAUCAGACGCUGUAACUGUCACAGUUCAUCAUGAUGCUGGUAGGAAUGUGACUGUGUUCGCAGCGACAUCUGGAGGAUUAUUCAUCAUCAUCAUCAUACUAUUUAUAAUGUUUCAAAGAAAAAUGAUGAAAAGAAGAUCUGCAAUGCACGAGUAUGAGGGAUGACCGAAGUCUUUCUGCAGAAAAUCCAUGAAACAAGGGGCUUAAGAGCCAGUAGUUUUAGUGUUUUAAGUUGAUCAUUUGUUGUUUAUUUGUUGAUUACGAGCUGGUUAAAUAUGUUUUUAAAUUAUUAUUUUAGCAAUAUUUUUCGGUCAAAAAUGACUGAAAAUUUUCACGUUUUUAAAUUUUUAAAUUUUUUGCUUCAUCGAAAUGGGAUGAAACUAUGUAUUAGCUAUGUGAACACACAACAAAAUCAUGGAUAUGAUUCGGAUAUGUUAAAAGGUCGUAAAAAUAUAGUCACACUUGGCUCCUUCGCGGUCAAAAACGACCGCCAUAGGAAAUGAAUGGGAAAUACGAAAACUCAAAGAAACAAGAAACCUUGACCAAAAUUAGUCUUUGAGAAUGUCUAAAUAUAAAUCCAAAUCCACAUCUUAAUAAAAAUAAGUAUUUAUGUCUAAUAACACUUGAUAAUUUAUAAGCCACUUUAUAUAGAACUAUAUAGGAAUCUAGUGGUUACACCAUGGCAUACAAAAGUUUUUCUUUUUUACUCCCACCAGAUGGCACUAAUAUACCUUCAAAGAAUUGGAUUUUAAAUGCCUCGUCUCUAUUUUGACAUGGGUGCUUUAAUUGAAAAAUAAAUAAAUAAAUAAAUAAAUCAUAAUAAUAGAAACAAAUUGUGUAUUAUUUUCAAUGGGGAAAAAUAGCUAAUAAAAAUGUUAUAAAUAUUGCAUGGUAUCAUACAAUAUCCUAAAAAUUCUGAAUAAUAGUCAAAAAUAGUAUUGAACAGAAAUAUAUUUCAUUGGUUUUCUGGGGCGAAAAAAGGUUACAUUUUAAGGCUUCGAUCAUUUUUGAAGAAGCCAAGUGUGACCCCUAAACCAAAAGGACCAGAGGGUUAAAUGUCCUAUUGGGUUUCAUACAAAGAAAUGCACGUUUCACUUGUUCAAGGUGUUGUAUUAAAUGUUUAUUUUUUUAGCUUACGCAUACAAUUAAGUAUAUGAGCAUAUUUGACAUUAAAUAGGCCAAAGUCUAUUUGUAAGAACAUGAAGGAAAUAAUAAAAUUGCAUAUGCAAGUUACAAAAUUCUAUAGUUGAAGCCUA